ACGCAAAGAACGAAAGAACGAUUGUUUUUGGUAAUAGCGAACUAGUCACCUAGGGAUCUUUCGCGCAUGCGCAGUAAGGACCAAACAGAGUAGAAGAGGAGAAACACGCAAAGAACGAAAGAACGAUUGUUUUUGGUAACAGCGAACUAGUCACCUAGUUCGCUCGUCAGAACAGUUCAAAAUGAACUGGUAGUUCUCUCGUUUGUGAAAAGGAUUCCCUUGAAAGGGAUUCCUAUAUUUUCCUGAUACGAUAUUUCGUGUAUAUUGAUUUUAUAUUUUUAAGAUCUGUACAUUUUUAUAUAUUAAUCAUUUUUAUAAAUAUUUUUUUGUCUUGCAUAAUUUCUUCAUCUUUUACCAUUGUUUUCCUUUUUGGGUAAAUGUUUUUGUAUUAAGGUAAUUUCUGAUAAACUGUCAUGGAUGCCUACUGCGUGUUAUGUUUUUAAGCAUAUACAAAUGGAAGUUGACAGUUUCAUUUUAAAAUGAAAGUCUAAUUUAUGUCAAGUGAAGAAUAAAUUCAAUUUGACAAUGGCUGCUCUUUUGAAGAAACGUGCUCUUGCUGAGUACAGUCAAACAGUGCAAGGUGAGUCGCGAGAGCCGGCUUGUAAGCUGCGUCUGGUGGGACGGCUGGCUCCGGGGGGCUCCAUUGGGGUGUACGUGGGCCUGCUGGACAAGUGCAAGAGCAGCAAUGAGGCCCUGCAGAUCCUCAUCCGUAUGUCCGACUCCCUGCGCUUCCAGGAGGAUGACAUGGCGUCGGUGGUGAAGAAGUUGUGCGAGCACUUCCACCAGGAGAGCGAGGCCGCCGUCAGGACCAAGAUGCUGGCCCUGCUGGGCAGCAUCAGCCAGGAGCGGGGGGCAGAGCCGCAGAGCAUCAUGGAUGACAUAGUGCAACUGCUGAAGAAGGAGGAGUCGCACAAGGUUAUCGCCCAGGGCAUGUCGUCUCUGCUGCGGAUAGGGAAGCUGCUGUCUGGGAACACAGCGGUGCACCAGAAGCUGGUGACUGUGGCCAAACAGUACCUGACGGACACCAGCCACGUGGUGAAGUGUCGCUGCCUGGAGCUGCUGGGGGACCUGCUGCCCGUCGCUGGGGCCUCCGUCUCCGACCUUGCCGCCACCCAGGUCACUCUGCACCUCGUCGGGGACUACGGCCACUGCGAUGAGCCCCGGGUCCGCGCCGCUGCCUUCAAGGCCAUGGUGACGCUGCACGAACGGGGCCUGAAGCUGGAUGCCGUGAUCUACUCGGAAGUGUGCGCGGCGUUGAGGGACGACUACGAGAUAGUGCGUCAGGAGGCCCUCAAGUUGGUGUGGGUUCUCGGGCAGACCUACCCCGACAACAUCGUAGUGCUGCCUGACAGCAAACAGGAGUUGCGGUUGGUGGAUGAUGCUUUCGGCAAGAUCUGCAAUGCGAUGAAUGACCUCUCGAUGGACGUGCGGGCCUUGGCGGCUGAGAAAUUGGGAACGGUGACUGCUGUCAGCCCAAAGUUCCUACAUCAAACCCUCGACAAGAAGCUAAUGUCCAACAUGAGGAAGAAGCGCUCUGCUCACGAGCUGUCAUGGCAGAACAUGACUUCAGGAGAGUGGUCAAGUGGCAAGAAGUGGGCAGACGAUAAUCCUAGAGAGAUGAUUGAUGCAGAUUCUGUGGAUCUGAUGAGCAGUGGGUCGUGCGGGGCUUUCGUCCAAGGCCUCGAGGACGAAUACCUGGAGGUGCGUAGUGCGACGGUGGAGGCUGUCUGCAAGCUGUCCCUGGACAAUCCGCAGUUCGCAGUGAUGGCGCUGGACUUCCUGGUGGACAUGUUCAACGACGAGAUAGAGGACGUGCGCCUCAUGGCCAUCGACAGCCUCACCAAGAUCAGCCGUCACAUCGAGCUGCGCGAGGAUCAGCUGGAGACCAUCCUCGGUGCUCUAAAGGACUUCUCGGUGAUGGUGCGGGAGGGUCUGCACCGCAUGCUGGCUGCGUCCUGCCUCGGCAGCAAGGACUGCCUGCAGAUGUGCGUCGACGCCCUUGUCGACAACCUCAAGAAGUACCCCAUGGACCGGGUGUCCACAUGGCAGUGCCUGCAGAAGCUGGGUCAGUCUCACGCCGAAAUGACGCUCUACUUGGUGCCGCAGCUUCUCAACAUACACCCCUUUUUCGACACGCCCGAGCCAGACGUCGAGAACCCCGCAUACGUCAGCAUCCUGGUGCUGGUGUUCAAUGCUGCAGAGAAGUGCCCCACCAUGAUCCAGCUGUUUGAGCAGCACACCCACAAGCACUACAGCUACCUGCGCGACACCAUGCCGCACCUCGUGCCACAUCUCAAGGUGCCUGGCUCAUCAACCCCAACAGAAUUGCGGCCGCAGCAGAUGAACACUGCCCAGUUCCUGGACGGCAUCCUGGCGCGCAUAGAGGGCGCGCCCAACGAGCACGUGCGGCGAGAGCUGAUGGAAUCUUCUCGGCGUGACCUGGCUCGGUUGGCGUUGAUAGACAGCACGAUCCCCGGAGCACUACGCUUCUCUGCCCUACAUCUGGACAGCCAGCUGCUGAUGGCCGACCUGCUGGCCAACCGGCUGUGGUCGCACCCCUCCGCCCUCGCCAUGCAGCAGGGCAGCGUGGUGCGAGGCUCCAUCACCAAGCUGCUCACCCAGUGUCUCAAGCUGCAGUACCUGUUUGUGGGGCUGAACGCGGAGGAUCUGGCGUCGGUGAAGCAGCUCAAGCUGAAGGCGCUGGCCCUGCAGCUGGUGUACAUAGUGCGGGGAAGCAACUCGUCCGCCCUGGCGCUGUGUGACCACUUCCUCAAGCAGGUCGAUGACACACACAGUUAUCUGAACGAGAACGGGCUGCGGCCGGAGCCGUUGACGGCGGCGCUGCUCAGGGAGCUGGGACAACGCGAGGAAGCCAAGCCGGGUCCCGUGGUGCAGAGCCUGCUGCCCUUGCUGCUGGCCUCCACUCUGUCGCCCCCACCGCGAGCCAACACCGCCAUCCGCAGCUCCAGUGCGGGGAUCAACGAGCCAACAGGCAAUGUGGACACACCUCUCAAGUUCACGGCAGGGCUGGUGGUGGGGGUGGCGUGCGACGUGGAGCUGCGGCACGUGGGUGAUGCGGGGAUGCUGCGCAUGCGAGCGUGCUACCCUGACCAGCAGUCGCAGCUGUCCGUAAUCCGCACGCGAGACCUGCACCCCUGUCCCGACGACCCCAGCCGUGUGAGGCUGCUGUCCACGCUCCUGCUGUCGCACCAGCAGGUGUGGACGGAGGCGUGCACCGUGGACGUGAGCCUGGUGAUGGACGUGUCCGGGGCGGAGCGGGGCCUCACGCGCACUCUGGGACGCCGCAGCCGUGAGGACCCUUGGCUGCUCGAACUGUGCGACCCCGUCAAAGUGUGUCUCUCUCCCAAGCAUAUCAAGAGAGGCAUCUAACUUCUGUACCGGUCUCCCCUGACAAAGAUUGUAACUCCUCGUCUGCCACCUCUAAUUUAUUGCAUACUGUGCCAUUUCUGUUAGUGUUUGAUUCGCCCAAUUUUCAGUUUUUUUCAUACAAAUGGUAAUAAUUGUGAUAAAGAUAAGCCUAAAAAAAAUAGGACUUAAUUUUUUUCUGUCCAGUGUCACAACCCUGCUGGUGUCUUAGCACACCCAAAACAGGUGCACAUGUUCAUUGAUCCCUGUUGGAAUUCCAAAUUGAAUACAUCCAAAAUCAAUAUCCCAAAAAAUUGAAAAUACUGAAAACAACCAGUGAAAACUAUGGUAUAAAAUGCAAAAGCUAAAAAGUAGAGCAGAGUUUUUUAUAUAUACAAAAAGUUAUAAGGAGUAUGGAAUUGGGAUCAAAGAUAGCAGAGCCAAUAAAGAAUAAUUAAAUGUUGAUAA